UUGAGAAGAGAAGCAUGCAUGAAGGCGAGAUUGCUGACAUCUGCCGGGAUAUCCUGUCAGCGCUGCACUACCUGCAUAGCCUUCUUAUAGUACACAGGUUGGGACUCCAUAUUGGAUGAGUCCUGAAAUAUUGAGAGGAGCCCCUUAUGAUACUCUGGUUGAUAUUUGGUCACUUGGUGUAACAGUUAUAGAAAUGAUAGACAGAGAACCUCCAAACUUUAACGUGAGUCCAUUAAUUGCGAUGAAGAAAACCAGAGAUGGUCAAGUCCCGAAACCAGUGAAAUCAGUCUCAAAAUCUCUGGCAGAUUUUAUUGAGUGUAUGCUUGAGGUGGAUCCGGAGAAAAGAUCAACAGCUGAAGAACUUCUGGAACAUUCUUUCCUGAACCAAACCUUCCUCUAGACUUAAGAAACAUUCUGUCUUGAACCAAACCUUCCUUUAGACUUCAGAAACAUUCUUUCUUGAACCAAACCUUCUUUUAGACUUCUGGAACAUUCUUUCCUUAACCAAACAUUUCUUUUGACUUCUGGAACGUUUUUUUCUGAACCAAACCUUUUUUAAGAUUUCUGGAACAUUAUUUCCUUUACCAAAUCCUUCUUCAGACUUCUGGCACAUUCUUUCCUGAACUAAAUCUUUCUUUAGGCUUAUUUUUUCCUGAACCAAACCUUUUUUAAGACUUCUGGUCAACCAAAUCUUUCUUAAGACUUCUGGCUCGUUAUUUCCUGAAACAAACACUUAUUUAGACUUCUGGCACGUUCUUACCUAAACCAAACCUUUUUUAAGACUUCUGGAACAUUUUUUCAACCAAAUCUUUCUUUAGACUUCUGGCUCGUUAUUUCCUGAAACAAACACUUCUUUAGACUUCUGGCACGUUCUUACCUAAACCAACCCUUUCUUUAGACUUCUGGACCAUUAUUUCCUUAACCAAAUACUUCUUUAGACUUCUGGCACAUUCUUUCCUGAACCAAAUAUUUCUUUAGACUUAUUUUUUCCUAGACCAAACCUUUUUUAAGACUUUUGGAACAUUCUUUCAUCCAAAUCUUUCUUUAGACUUCUGAAACAUUUUUUCCUUAAACAAUCACAGUAGACUUCUGGCACGUUCUUACCUAAACCAAACCUUUCUUUAGAUUUCUGGAACGUUCUUUCCUGAAUCAAACCUUUUUUAGACUUCUGAAACAUUAUUUCCUUAACCAAAUCCUUCUUUAGACUUCUGGCACGUUUAUUCCUGAAUCAAAUCUUUCUUUAGACUUCUGGCUCGUUAUUUCCUGAACCAAAUCUAUUUUUCGACUUCUGGAACAUUUUUUUCUGAACCCAGCCUUACUUAAAAUUUGCCUAAAAAUUCCGACUUGACUAACCUUUCUCACAAUUUACUUACUAUAACGUAUCCUUUCUCAGAUUUAAGAGUUUUUACGUCUAUAACCAAAACUUUAGUUGAAACUAAAAAAAUUUUCAAAGUAGAUUUUGUGUAAAUGUUUAAAUAUGCUAUUUGUUAAAAAUAAAUAAUAUCUCUCGUUUUUCCUGAUUUGCUUUUAAAUUCUGCAAGGUUACAUUAGACUUUACCGAGGACCUAGUCAUAUAUAAAUAAGAUAUAGUUUUUUACUUUAGAUCAUAUAUAAUACAUACUAAAUUAUUUGUAGCCAAAAUACUUACGGAAUACAUAAAGAACCUUGCAUUUUUGCGUUUAAUCUAUUUUUACUAGCUUUAAACAUUUGUUUGAAAUGUUCCGAUGGUUGUAAAUUUUCUCUUUGGUUGAAAAAAUGUCCAUCGAGAGCUGUGUACGAUCCAAUAUUAUGUGGGACACCCUGUACCCUGUACAGUGUAAAUAUCUUUGGUCUUGUAAAGUCUAAAAAACGUGGUAAACAUGUCUAUUCACUAUAAAACUGCAACAAGUUUCAUAAGAAUCAAACCUUGCAUUCCAAUGGAAGUUUUCAAGUUAGUUCACCAUUUUUAUCACAAAUUUAAUUCAGUAAAUUAUUUGUAAACAUUGUCGGAGACGAAAAAGAUUAUAAUGAAAAAAUUAAAAGUGAAAGAAAGGAAAUGGGAAAAAUAGGCAAAAAAUCCAUUUUUGCUACCAGUAUUAUGUUUCAAGGGUAAAAUCUUUCUUAAAAAUUUAAAAAUAAAUUAUUUGUCAAUUUUUGUUUUUGUGUGAAUAGGAUGCGGUUUAUAAAAUUGUUUAAUGUUGUAUGACAUCAUUAUUUCUAAAGUUAAAAUUUUUUUUAAAGCGUUUCUUGAUUUUGAUGCAAAUAGCUCAUUAUAAAUAGCUCGUAAGGAGGGAUGGACAAUAGCCAGAUUCGUUUUACAGAAACUAUUAAUGUUUAAGACGUUUAAAAGGGUUUACGACAAUAUGAGAAGGUUCUAACACUUUAAAACUUUUUUUUCUGUGGAAAUUUGCUUUAAUUAAAAAUUCAAAUUUGCUCUAAAGAAAAUACAAGGCAAAAACGAACCGAAAUACGAUCGUUUCUGUAAAACGAAUCUAGCUAUUGCCCAUCUCUACACGUAAGGAAAAGAAAACAUAUUGCAAAAAAAUACGCAAUUUUAGUAAAAAAUUAGAAAUUCAAGAGGAGAUCUAAUGUCAAUAAUCACUGCAUUGUUGUAAUCUAAACAAUUGAGAAUUUUUCUAAAAAUAAAUAUAUUUUAAUCUGUAAAUAUCUCACUUAAAGUAAUACUGGAACUCGCCACAAAACAAAUUAAAAACGGAAAUAAUUUAAAUAAUAUUUAAAACAUUGUCAUGCAAUUGAAAAUAUAAUAA